UUUACAAUAAUGAAGACCUCGCAAGCAGAAACUCUUCUCGCGAUAUUGUAUAAUGCAUCGAUGAUUUUUUCUAUUGUGUCUUUGACAUCUUUCGCGAUCAUUUGGCAGCAUUGGGAAAUGACCUUAAAUGUUUGCAUUAGCGUUAACUGUGGUUGUAUAUUAUAUGGUAUUAAUACAUUUAGCACGUUAAUGGGUGGCGAUAUAAAGUUAUGCCACUUUGGUGUCUACGGACUUGUUCCUACAGUUAUAAUCGGCUUGUGCCUCGGUGUAUAUCAUAUCUACAGAUGCUGUAUUAAUCGUGGUCUCGAUGAGCCCAGGACAAUGAAUUGCAACAAUAACAGAACCACUAUUAAUGGGCAAGUCGUCGUAAUUGGCCCUAAAAGAAGGACUCCAUUUAAACAAUGGAUGUCGUCAGCAUUUUGCGCUGCUUUGAUUGGUUGUCUAUCGCUUGCACACGCGGUUGUUAUGACGGACGGUUUUUAUAAAACUUGUGAACAAUAUAAAAGAGGUUUGAUACAACUUUUGGGUUCCAGAGGACGUGAAGCUCAUGUAAUUCGACAUAGACUCGCAUGCGGUGCAAUUUUUGACUAUAUGGAUUAUCUUCAACCGGAUGCUAAUAAUUUUAGACGGGGAGAGGAACUAAAUACAGGUUUUGCAUUACAACUCGCAAUCAUUUGUACAUGGCUUAAUUUCUUUACAUGGAUUAUUAUAUGCCUUCUCUGUUUUACCAUGGCUAAAAAGAAACUCAAUACUUUAGGAGAAUACUUUUGUUGUUGUUAAAUCAAUUUUCUUAUUGAAAUAUCAUCUUUUAAUAUCAAUUUACAACAUCAAUUUGAUCUACGAUAAAUAAAUAAUUCGUUUUGUUAGUCCUUAGUAAAAUUCAUUAUCAUU